AAUAAAUAAGCAUAUAACGAUAUAAAUUAUCAAAGCAUCACCACUAAAAUGGAGAAAAUUUCAGCAUUUUUCGUCAUCUUCUUCCUUGUCUCGUUGUGCAUGGUAACAGUAACGGUUGGAGAUAUAUGUCAUACGGACCAAGACUGCAUAGACAUUGGGAUUCCAAGAUGUAAGCGCACUGGGAAGAUGCCAAUCUGCUACGAUGGCUAUUGUAGCUGUUUCCCUAGAAGGCGUCCUGCGGCUUCCACCACUGCUCCAUCAACCUCCAACUCUUGAUCUUCAUAAUAUUCGCGCAAUAUCAUUUAUAUUACCUUUUAUUUUAAUAUCGAAGUGCAUAAACCCAGUUUAUUAGUACUCGUUAUCUUCUCUUUAUGCAUCUUUCAUAUGCAAUGCAUCUCUACAAUUAAUAAAC